AUGGCAUUCACACCUACCCAUCCUUACAACACCUGGCGUGCAUCGACCGGCGUUGCCGAAUUCCAGGCCACCAUGGCCGACGCAUGUCGCAACUACUACGAGGCUACGACCAGGCCCUACAACAAAACGAGAGGCAGGCGUGUUCGGGACCUCUUUCAGCAGUCCUAUGGCUAUGAUGUCGAGCUUUUGGUCAUCCAAAUGCAGGAUCCAAACCCAGAUGCCACGAUUUCAUUCAACCUCGGUCGAUUGCUCAGUGGGCUCAAAGAAGGUGACUUGGCCAUUUUCUAUUACAUAGGCAACGGCGACCAAGGGGGCUUCCAAGAAGUGCGAGCCCAAAUCAUCGACCCAUCUCCUGCUGACGUCCUCAUUCUUUUGGACUGCUGUGUUGCUCCUGGGAUAGGCAUUGGAUACCGCAAGGAACUGAUUGCAGCAUCAGCCUUUGACAGGACAACUGAAUACAGCCCGUCUGGAUUUACCGAUGCUCUCGUCCAGCAACUUCAGCAUGCCAUUGACAAUCGACACAUCUUGUCCACGGCUCAACUCUACAACCGCCUGGCCACUCGGCACUUAGCGACUCAGUACUUGGCCAUUCAGGGCCGAAUACCCCAGCUCAAUGCCAUGCCCUACUUCCUCCAGAACUCGGGGGAGAAUCGGGCACCCAUCAUGCUGACUCCCAACAUGGCUCAUGAGAGUUGGACUCCAGGGUCGAUCUUGGCAAUCUUUAACAGUGCAGUCAUCGUUAUCCUUCACGUCCAUCUUCGAGAUGCUCACGCUGCAACUUUGGACCAGGAUCAAGAUCAAGUCUAUGUUCCCAUCUUUACCUAA